CAGACGGCGCAGCCUCCCGCCGGCCCGCGGAGAAGUGUGGAGUCGCGCCGGUCCCGUAGCCGGUCGGAGCGCAGCGCCCGGUUGAGGCCAUGAGACAGUGGUGAGCUCCUGGCACCGCCGCCCGCCUGCUCCGCCGCGUUCCUCUGCCUCGCGGCCAUGGCCCCUAUGGGGAUCCGCCUCUCGCCGCUCGGCAUGGCCGUGUUCUGCCUGCUGGGGCUGGGGGUCCUCUACCACCUCUACUCCGGCUUCCUGGCCGGCCGCUUCGCCUUCUUCAUGCUGAGCGAGCCGGCGGCCGGUGGGCCCGAGACCCCCCGCGGCUCCGCGCCCGCUGGCGCCGUGGACCUGCGGGAGCUGCUGGCCGUGUCCGUCCUGGCCGCCGUCAGGGGCGGUGAGGAGGUGAAACGGGUCCGCGAAGGCAACGUCCUUAAUGCCAAGGCGAAGGGGAAGACGCGGGAGGGGGCCGAGGAGCAGCUGACGAGCGGCGAUCUCCUCUCCAACCGCAGGAUGUUCUACCUGCUGAAGGGUGCCUUCCCCGCCGUGCAGAUAAACUCUGAAGAGCGUGUUGAUACAGCUGAUCAGGAGACAAUCUCUUGGGAUCGCAGUAUUCCUGAAGACAUAAAACAAAAAAUACAGCCUAAAGAGGUUCCAGCAGAAAGUGUUACUGUCUGGAUCGAUCCAUUAGAUGCUACACAAGAAUACACAGAGGAUCUUCGACAGUAUGUCACGACAAUGGUUUGUGUGGCUGUAAAUGGUAAACCAGUCAUAGGAGUGAUACACAAGCCGUUCUCAGCAUAUACAGCCUGGGCAAUGGUGGAUGGUGGGUCAAACGUAAAACCUCGUUCUUCCUACAAUGAGAAAACUCCAAGGAUUAUUGUAUCCCGCUCACAUGCAGGAAAAGUUGAGCAGGUUGCACGACAGACAUUUGGAAAUAAGACCGUGAUAAUCCCCGCCGGUGGAGCAGGUUAUAAAGUGUUGGCUCUCCUUGACGUGGCUGAAAAGAAUCAAGAAGAAGCUGACGUGUAUAUCCAUGUCACCUACAUUAAGAAGUGGGACAUAUGUGCUGGCAAUGCAGUGUUGAGAGCAUUGGGUGGCCACAUGACCACCCUGACUGGUGAAGAAAUUAGUUACACUGGCUCAGAUGGCAAUGAGGGAGGACUUAUAGCCAGUAUCAACAUGAACCAUAAAGCACUAAUCGAAAAACUUCCAGAUCUGGAAAAAACAUCACACAAAUAAACUCAACCAGCGGAGAAGUAAAAAUUGUGCUUUUGUAGCCUCCAAAUGCUCCGACCGAGGAAGCAGAUGUCAAAACCUGCUGGGAAAGGUGCACAGCAAAGCAGUUUGGUGACUAUAUCAUGCAUUGGGUUUCUUCAGUGGUGGUAUUUAAAAAAGAAUAAAAUAAUAAUAAUCAGAAGUAGGAAGGGGACUGACUGCCUCACACCUCAGUUUCCAUGGGGUUUUUUUUCUGACUGUUUUCACCCAGUUGUUAUACUCCAGGUGCAUAUUCAGUAUAUAUUGAUGAACGUAGGUGAACUAAAGAAAAAUCCAAAUUUGUUCAUAAAACAAUCAAAAUAAUUGCACUGGAAUUUCUUGGAAUCUUUUACAUCUCGUUACUAUAGUUGUAGCAACUUCAUAAUGAAUUAGGUAGGGAAAAGGGUUGAUUUGUGUAGGCAUCUAAUAACUCUGUAAACAUGUAGCAGGAAACAUGACCUGUGUUCUGUAUCCCCUGAACAGGAAGCACAAGAAGGUUGGCACAAAUUUAUAUGCAACGGUUUAUCUUUGUCAGUGUGGCACUCCUUCUGCUUUUUAAGAGAAAAAAGGAAAUGUUCUGUACUUUGACUUUUUUUCUGAAGAUGUAAACCACUUUAGUUCAGAUGGGUUGGUAAUAUCAGUGUUUUAUUAAUCAGUGUAAUUAUUUCCAUAUACCUUUUUAAAAGAAGGCAACAUUUCCCUGUAUAGUUUUAAACAGAUACUUCUUGUCCUUGAUUUCUGUGUACAGUGUUGAAGAUGCAUGCUAGAUCUUACUCUAAUGUAGGACUUGUUCAUCAUCUGGUGUAUAUGCCUAUAGAAGCAGCCUCUUCCUUCAGUACCUGUUUUGUUUGUUUGUUUGGGUUUAUAUCCAUUGGACAGUCAUAUGGAAUGAAUUCAACAGAAAUUGUAACUUCGUUGCUUCCAUUUACAAACCAGCAAUUUUUCUAUGAUCCCAGUCUUUUUAGGUAAAGGCAUGCUCUUUUCUGCAGAAAGUACUUGAGCCAGCCCAAACAGCUUGCAGUUACUUGGUUUGUGGAAAUUUACAUAGAGACAGACAAUUUGAACUUGAAUCUGUUUAAGCAAAUUUGAAGAUCAUGUAGUGCUUGAAGUACGGCAAGGUCUGCAAAACUUGACCAAAAAAUCUUUGUCAGUCCAAUAUACACAGAAUAAAACAUGAGCCCUUUUAUAUGUAACGUAUUUGUAUACCUGAUAUAUAAAAGGCCAUGUCAACCAAAUUCUUUCUUAGUUUUAACUUCUUUUGCUAUACUGUUGUUCAGAUUAAAAAGAGGUUUUUCUCUUCUGUCACUGGCGGCGCAUGUCUAGAUACCUCUUUUAACUUCUAGCUAAUGUUCACAUUUCCAAAAGACCUCCUCAGAUGUUGUGUAACUACAGAUACAGACUUUUAUUUUGUAAACUUACUGGCAAAGUAGACUGAAGCUUAGUCCUACUAGCCUUUUGGUACGGGUAGUUUUUUUUAGAGGAAUGUUUUUCCAAAAUUGACACUAUUGCUGCUGUUUGAAAAAUAGCUUUUUCACAUGGAGAUAAUACACAAAGCAACUUAACUUCAGAUUUUUCAGUUUAAUAAACUACUACAUGCUACAACAAAUAAGUGAAUAUGGCCUUUUCAAAAAAAGGGCCCAAUCUACUUCAAAAAACUAGUUGAGCUUCCAAGCCUCAGUGAAAAAUCCAGAUGUUUGUCAAUGCUUUGAUAAUGUUUUACAAGAAGACCGCAGCUUCCUUCAGGCUUAUUUAAAUGACUUAAAGCCUAAUUUAAAAAAUACCAGCUUUUUUGUUUACUAGUUAAAGAACACAGAUUGAAUUUUAAAUAUGAGAAAUAGCCAUAGUUAGCCUAAUAAACCUUAAUUGUGUCACAGAGUUUGAAUGCACAAUACUUAAGUAAGCAAUUAAGACAAAGUCAUUGGCAGGCUGUGGUUUUAGAUUCAGGCUGAAAUAAUGUGUAAAUUUAUCUUGUGAAAAUGUGACUGCUUUUAUUUUGGGGAUGAUUCUAUCACUUGCAUAAGUUGUGAUCAGACCUUGCUUCUGUAUGAGAAAUGAAAAGAAUAAGAUAAUUUUGCAUGUCGUACAAGGGCAUGCUUGCAUCGUAGUUGAAGGUACAUAGCAGGAAACAGAAGUAUUUGCCUAGAAUGUUUUUCCUUAGGAAGAUAAGAUAGAAACAAGAGCUUCAGCCUUCCUUUCCUUCUUUCUGUGCACUGGCUAAAAUACCUGUUUUUUCAUUAAGAGGACAUAUGCUUGUUUAAACCUGUUUAUAUCCUAAAGUGCUUUGUUCUAAUGGAUGUCAGUGUUCAGUACCUUUCCCAGUUGAUCCUUACUGGCCCAAUCUCACUUGUGAAAAGGAAGAAAAGGUGAGAGUGAGGUUCCCAGUUAAUUACUUCUGGUAUAGCCUGUGCUCAUAGACCUUUUCUGACAGCUAUGGCCUAAGGUGGUGUAUCCCAGUCUAGUUCAAAAAGGAGUUGCUUUGUUAUGAGAACAGAUAAGCACCUGGUAAAUUCAGUUUCUGAUGUUAUUUUACAGCAAAUGCAACUCUUAUGCAGACGAGCAAGUAGUCAAAGAUGUUUGCUUAGUAUACCUGUGCCAGCACACUCUGAUAUUUGUUUGCAUAGUGUUAGCAGUCAGUAUAUCCUAUUUCUUUGAAUAUGUUUACACUCCAUUCCACAACAUUUUGAUGUUCUGGCUUAAAUAUUUGUUUGGUCUCAGCUGUGUGGAUAUGACUCAAGCUUAUGCCCAGAGUGGUAGGAAAUAACACGGUACCUAUGUCUUGCUGCUGUACUAGAACAUUGUUCUUUACAUUCUAGCCUUUACCACAUAAAGCUCUCAUAGUGUUUUUAGGGGUGCUACUUAAAACAACUGCCUGGUGUAGGUGAGUCCUACAAAAGUGCAUCUUUUCCCAAAAAUUUUAAUUAAAAAAUGAAUGAUAUCAUUCUAACUAUCAAACAAGGGAAGUAAGAGAAUGUAUUGUCUUAGAACUCUUUUUUCUGAUGGUGCGUGUUUUUAAGUGGCUGUUAUUAUUAAGGUAACUGCAAGUGAAUUUAUUUUAAAGCUGUAUGCAUUUUCUCUUUUUUGUUCUGCUGAAAGGAGUGGAUGGUAGCAUAGUUAAUACCUCAUACUGUACCAAGGGUCCAACUUUCCUUGAAUGAAUGUUUUCUAAAUAAAUGGACACAGAAAUAAGGCGGUCGAAUAUUGUACUUAACAGGUUUUGAGUUUAACCUAUUUGCCAGACUUUUACAGAUGGACUAGUGUAAGAGCUGUUUGUUCUGAUCUACAGAGCAUGUAAUAAUAAUGAAAAUAUUUAGCAGAGAUGGCUUAUUCCGAUGGUGAAUUAAUCCUAUAGGUGAAGCUGCAAAGUCAUCUAGUGAUGUUGUUUCAUGUAUUUGCUUUUAAUUCAUGGUCAUUAGACUGAACAGAUUUUCUAAUUGAAAGUGUGAGGAGUUUCUUUAGAUGGCCAUUAGAUGGAGAUCAGGUGCAUGGAGGGGAGUCGGCACUGAAAUUUCUCUCAACGGUUUUUUUAUUCACAAAUGUACUCCAAUGUCUCUGUGGCAUCCUCUUAUCUGUUGGAGUUGUAAAACAGGGGUGUGAUACUGUAUACUCCCACUUACUAGUGUAAAGCAAGGACUGCCCCACAACAGUGCAGUGGGGGACUGAGUGUUUUUGCUGGGCCUUGCCAGUGUUAACGCCAGCCGAGGCUGACUGCUUCGUUGCCUUGUGGCUAUUGCUUUGAUGGUAAAACUCUUCUUAGGCUACUGUCUCCUCAGUUAUGCACAACCCCUUUGUGGAUGUUUUCUAAAGUAAACUAGGGAAGUGAAGAGGAAAGAGGCAGAUGGCUAUACUAGAGAAAUCGUAACAGAGAAAAUGUAUUUUUAUUUCUUGAUUUAAAUGACAUAAGUAGUUUCAUUUGUCUUGCCCUUCAGUGGUUAGAUAACCAUACAGCAAAGAUUUAAUGGACCAUAGAUAAAUGCCUGUGUGAUUUUUAAACCCAAACAGAAUGAGAAUGAGGGAGAUUGCCUGUAACCAGGAACAGCUUGGGUGGAUGGCUUCCUGUCAGACCAUUCACGCUGAGCCUUUUUUCAGUGCUUUUUUUGUAGAGACUGAGGCCUUUCCACACAAUUAUAGAUUUGACUUUGACAAAAUAUUCAGUCUUAUCAUCUGACUUGCUAUCCUUAAUGAUAAAGUUGUGCUGUGUCCACUUUCUUGUUAUGUAACUCACUGAGACAGGACUGUAUGAGUCCUCAAAGAUGGUUUGACUUUUGAACCACACCUUCUGUAUGGCAGCUCUUACUAUGAAGCACGUGCUAGCACCUGCUGCGUCUUCACACCCCACAAACAGGUUAUGCCACUCACUAGUUGUAUCAAGAAGCUGUUGAAGCCUUAUACUACAUGUUUUUCAGAUGCCACACAGCUCUUUCAGCUCAUCUGAGAGACAUUCAGAAGUGAUCAUCCAGUUUUCUUUUGAGGCUCUUUCUGGAGCCUGCAAUUUGCAGCUACUUUUCCUUUGUUUUGUUCCUCAUUUUUCUUUUCCUUCCUGAUGAUUGCUCCUUUCUUAGUCCCUAAGGACAAGAAAAAUGAAAGAUCAGAGGUGGAAACAGUCCCAGAAUGAGAGCGCCAUGGAAGCAAACUAUCCAGUUUAUCCUCUGGCUGUGAAACGUUUGAGACCAAAGUGUUAAGUUACUGAUCCUACCAAAAGUGUGCAACAAGAUAAAGGCAUUUUGAAGAGCAGUUCGUGUGAUUGAUGGUAUUAGACAUACAGAAAAAUUGCAAAUGGUAUAAAGAGAAGUUAAACUGUUUCAAAAAAGAGGAGAAAACAACUUUUCAGUGUAGUGUUAGAAGCAUUCAGCAUUUCUGUUCCUCUGGGUGCAGAGUUUCAUUGCUUAUGAAAGAGGCUUCAUUGGCCUGCUGUGAAAGGCUUGAUUUUGCUGGAGUUGGUAACAGCGUUCCCACUGAAUUCAGCGUGAGCAGAAGCAAGCCAGAUAAAACAUGAACAGUAAAUUAACUGAAGUUCUGAGGAGCUCAGCUUCUGCCAGUAGAGCAAACAACCUGGGCUGUGUUCAGCUCUCCUCUGGCAGCUUCAGUGUACGUUACUAGACGACUUGGAAACAUCAUCCCAGUGUCUCAGGGUUCUAAGUUUUUACUGUUUGGUUUUGUUUUUUUUAUUGUCUAUAGAUGACAAGAGCCCAUUUUCAGAUAAUAUUGUUUUCAAUCUUGAUUGUUGGUUAUUUGUAACUCACUUUUUUUCUCCCCAAAGGGCCAGCAACACGCCAUCAUUUUUCCUAUUGUCCUACCAAACUGUGUUAGCAUUUUCCAGUUGUGUGCCAAAUUGAGAUAAUUACAUAAAUAAACUUUCUGAAAAUA